AUGAAUAGAAUAAAAAUUGUUUAAUUUUAAAUUUAUUUGAUAGAUGAUUAUUUCUCUUCAAACUAUACAUAUUAUAUGGGGAACUAAUAAACAAAAAAGUAUCUUCAAGAUAAAAAUAAAUAUUACGAAAUAAAUAGUUUUUUAAAAUCUAACUUAGAAGGACAUCUCAAUAUUGACUUAAUACUCAAUUUUAAGAAGAUCUAAGGAGAUGAUUUAUAAGAAUUAUGUAAAGGAUUAGAAAAGUGCAUUAACGUAAAAACUCUCAUGAUUAGCCUAUACAGUUGUAAUUUAUCAAAUUAAUAUUUGUCUUCAAUAGCAAAUUCUUUUACAAAUAUGGUUUAUCUCACACAUCUAAAGUUAAGAUUAGGAGUAAAUAAUAUCGGAUAAUAAGGAGUGGAGGAUUUAGGUAGAGUUUUGAUUAAAUUUUAAAAACUCUAAUCAGUUGAGCUCUACUUUUAUUCUAACAAAAUUAAUGAUGAGGGUGCUUAUUUGUUAAUGAAUCAGUUGGCUUAAUGCUAAAAUAUUUCAACUUUGAUAAUUGAGUUUACUAAUAACAAAAUAGGAGAUUAAGGAAUUUUAAAUAUUGGUUAGUAACUGAAAAGAUUUACCAAUCUUACAACUUUAAUGCUUUAUUUGAUUGAGAACUAGAUAGAAGAAGUGAGAAAAGAAUAUUUGGAAACUAUUUCAAUGAAAUUAAAAAAAUUAGUAUCGUUUUCAAUAGAAUUAAUAUCUUAUGAAUGA